AUAAGUGCAGCAGCAUUACCUGACAGACACCUCCAGCGUGUUCAGCGGCAUUUCCCUGAAGGAGCAACCUGCGAGAGAGCGACAGACAGACAGAGAGAGAGAGAGAGAGAGAGAGAGAGAGAGAGAGAAGACGCCGGUCUCUGAGCUGCUGCCUUGCUGUUGCAACAACUAACCAACAUCAAUGUCUCGGUUUGAGGCCAACAAGGGUCGUCGGGAGUCCCUGCCGGCGGUCAACAUGGCGGUACGGAGGCGUUUCUCCGGCCAGCUGAUGUUGCCUCCGCUGUGGAGACGACACUCCUGUCAGAAUCACCCACUUGACAACCGGCGGCCGUCUGCGACGCAAGGCCUGCCUCUGGACCGACUGGAGGUUCUGUACAGCCGAGCGUUAGCCAGCACAGAUGAGCACCGUUUUGAUGUGGAGAAUGGCCUGUCGGUGGGUCGCAGUCCACUGGACUCUCAGACUAGCCCCGGCUCUGGUCUGGUUCUUCAGGCCAACUUCCCGCACAGUCAGCGCCGCGAGUCCUUCCUCUACCGCUCCGACUCCGACUUCGACCUUUCGCCCAAAGCCAUGUCCCGCAACUCGUCCACUGCCAGCGACCUGGAGGAGGGAUUGAAUCAUUGCGAAGUCAGUUGGCUACCUCGGCAUGGAGAAGACAUGAUAGUGACUCCGUUUGCACAGGUUCUUGCCAGUCUACGAACAGUGAGAAGUAACUUUGCUGUUCUUACACAUCUGCAAGAUCGUGUGGGAAAUAAGAGGCCGACAAGCAGCAACCAGCCGUCCAUGUGCAAGCCAUGUCUCGCAGAGGAGCCCUACCAGAAGCUGGCUGUGGAGACACUGGAAGAGCUGGACUGGUGUCUGGACCAGCUGGAGACGCUGCAAACCAGACACUCAGUCAGCGAGAUGGCUUCCAAUAAGUUUAAGAGGAUGCUGAACCGCGAGCUGACGCAGCUAUCGGAGACGAGCCGCUCAGGGAAUCAGGUGUCAGAGUUCAUCGCCAGCACCUUCCUAGAGAAACAACAUGACGUGGAGAUCCUGUCCCCGCCUCCGAAGGAGAAGGAGAAGAAGAAGAGGCCGAUGUCACAGAUCAGUGGUGUGAAAAAGGCCACGCAAAGUCCCAGCUUAGCGCCUGCCUGCAUCCCUCGCUUCGGAGUCAACACACCACACGAGAGCAUGCUGGCCAAGGAAAUUGAAGACAUCAAUCGCUGGGGUCUGGAUAUAUUCAAAAUAGCAGAAUUUUCUGGAAACCGCCCUCUGACAGUGGUCAUGUACUCCGUCUUCCAGGAGCGAGACCUUCUGAAAACCUUUAAGGUCCCAAUCGACACCUUCAUCACCUUCAUGAUGACCUUAGAGGACCACUACCACGCCGACGUAGCUUAUCACAACAACAUCCAUGCAGCUGACGUGGUGCAGUCCACCCACGUCCUCCUGUCCACCCCUGCUUUAGAGGCGGUGUUCACAGACCUGGAGAUCAUGGCUGCUCUGUUUGCUAGUGCCAUCCAUGAUGUCGACCACCCAGGAGUCACCAACCAGUUCCUUAUAAACACCAGUUCAGAGCUGGCACUAAUGUACAACGAUGCGUCAGUCUUGGAGAACCAUCACCUCGCUGUGGGCUUCAAACUGCUCCAAGAGGACAACUGUGACAUUUUCCAGAACCUUAGCAAGAAACAGAGAGACUCCCUCCGCAAGAUGGUGAUCGACAUGGUGCUGGCCACAGAUAUGUCCAAACACAUGAACUUCUUGGCAGACAUGAAGACAAUGGUGGAGACCAAGAAGGUGACGAGUUUGGGAGUCCUGCUGCUAGACAACUACUCAGACCGCAUCCAGGUUCUACAGAACAUGGUCCACUGUGCCGACCUGAGCAACCCAACCAAACCGCUGGAGCUUUACCGCCGGUGGACGGACCGCAUCAUGGUGGAGUUAUUCACCCAGGGAGACCGAGAGCGGGACAAGGGCAUGGAGAUCAGUCCCAUGUGUGACAAACACAACGCCUCCAUAGAGAAGAGCCAGGUGGGGUUCAUUGACUACAUUGUGCACCCUCUGUGGGAGACCUGGGCGGACUUGGUGCACCCCGAUGCUCAGGACAUCCUGGACACACUGGAGGACAACAGGGAGUGGUACCAGAGCAUGAUCCCCCGCAGCCCCUCGCCCUCCAGCCCCGAGGAGCACCUGGCUGAGGUGGGGCCCGGAGGGGGAGAUGUGGGAGCAGGAGGGGCCCUCCCUUCAGCGGGGGGAGGAGGAGGAGGAGGAGUAGGGGGAGUAGGGGACAAGUUCCAGUUUGAACUCACUCUGGAGGAAGAGGAGGAGGAUGAGGAGGAGGUGGAGUCCGACCUGGAGAGCCCCCAGGAGGAGGAGUCCCAGUCGGGCGGGGAGAGGCACCGGGACUCCUCCUCCCCCUCUCUGUCUCCGGACCCCCGCAGCAGCAGGUACCGCCCCCCCUCGCCUCACCCGUCCCGGAGCCUGAACAUGGCCGCCAUGUCGGUGCGGAGCCCCCACCCCCACAGGACGCUGGCCUCCCCAGGGCGGGAGGGCACCAACAGGGACAGAGAACUGAGCCAGGAGGGCGACGGAGUGACGUGCCUGCGAAUGGGCACGUAACAACCAGCACAACCUGCCCCGCCUGAGAGACACGAGUGCUGAGUGUGUGGAGAUGGAGGCAGGGCAAGCCUUUAACCAAUAAUGUCUGUAAAAUCACCACAGUCCCUUUACACUGGAGACAGCCUCUCUGGACAACAGAGGAACGUUCCCCCUCUGUUUUAUUUUUAUUUUUCAGCAAGAAGAAUAGUUUUAGCCUCUCUUUGGGUGCCUGAUAGGCCUUCGUGUCCUGUCCUGGUUUGUUGUAGCUUCAGUUUGCGUCCCAGACAAAAAACUGCUGCAUUUAAACUGGAAAGACGAGCGGAGCCGAGGCCUGCGCUCUAACAAGAGGCAACAAAGGCGAAGGAAAUGUCUUCCUCCAAAAUAACUGUGAUAAUCGGACAUGAGUGGCGAAUGAGGAUCACAGUGGUGUGACAGGGUCUUGGAAAUUAUUUUGCACCAUAGUUUUAGUUUAGGAUAUGAAAUUAUUGAGUCCUUGUUGGAAUAAGUGCGUAUGAUUUCUUUGUUUGAGAAUGAUGUGAGAGAUGAAUCAUUUUACCAAAUACCGGAUGUAGACGAGCAGCGAGAGAACCGAUGGACCUUAACCUCAGGGUAUGAAGAGAAACAUAAAACUAAUGUAGCACAGAUGUACUGGGUAUCCCCAACCUGCUCCCAGACCCCGAACCGUCCUUCCUGUUUUAUUUACCUCCCAGACAGAGACAAAGGAGAUUUAGUUUGACCUGCGUUUCUCUACAAUUAAUUAAAACCCUUUAAUAGUGAAUUUGGCAACUGAAACAAUCAAAUAAUGUAAACUUAAACCAGCUUGUAGCACCAAACAAAUUGAAGAAGACUGUACUGGUCUCACCUGGUGAAAACACAAAGACACCACCUGUAUAAUUAGUUUAAGUGUUUUACUUCUUCUUCUUCUUUUCUUUUUUUUACCCAAGAUGAUUUUAAAUGGUGUCAUUGUUUUUAGGUUUUAAUUUUUCGAACCAUUCUUUGUUGUACGUUUGCUGGUCUCGACUGUGUUUAUGUGCUUUAAAAGCUUCUCUUUUUUGUUUUUUUUAAAUCAGGGUGCCUCCGGUCCGCAGUAGCACUUUACUGUUUCUGCCAUUCAGCUCUUCUAUUCAGUCACACAAAGGGCUUUACCCGCUGUAGGCUGACUGAUCACUAAAACGCAGCACGGGACGUUUGCCUGGAGGUCCCAGAAGGCAGGGCAAGAAACCGACCGACCGACCGUGAGUUCACAAACUCAACAGAGGAUUUGAUGGACUCUGACUGCGUCGCUUCUCGGCCCUCUGGUGGCCAGAUGAUAUUGGAAUUAUAAGACUCCAUCAGCUUUCGUUCGUUUCCACAUUUACUACAGUUUGCAUCUCAGUUCCUAGAGCUCUAAGUUCAGAGUUUGUGGCACAAAAAACAGAUCUAGAAAUGAGCCUGAUAAUCCCUAUAUUACUAAAUAUAAACACAACCAGCUCUGUCGACAUCAACCCGCUUGACUUCCAUGAGGCAGUUUUAUGCCUCUGACGUUUUCUGAACAAUCUGAGGUUUGAGAAUAAAUUAAAACAACAAAAACGCUGUGCCUUCUGACGGUGCUGCAUCCUGAGGUGACAGCAGCCCUUUUAAAUGUACAGUACAAAGAGUCUUGAUGUCUCCUUUUAACUGUACCCAGAUCUUUACUGUGGCGGAGCUGGUGCUGUGAGCCAGUUUACUGAAUCCUGCUGUCAAUUUUUAUGUCCUCAUCUGCAGAGAUUUUAGAUCUAGAUUAAACCUGUGUACAUCUGAAGCGGCACUUUGGGAUGUUUUUUUUUCCUCCCACCUUAAACCUGAACUGAAUUUGAGCCUUGCUAAUGAAAGAAUAAUGCAGGAAAUAACCUUUUUUUAUUAUAAUUAUUGUCAACAAAUCUCAUGAAAAGACCAAACACACAAUGAACUGGUGCUACCACGAAGUAUUGUUUCAGCUCAUUCCUUUGUGUCAUCGACAUCCGUUGUCCAAAAACUACAAAAGCACACCACUGAGCCACACGUUUCUUCAUUAGGAUUAACAUCGGCUCUGUUAUUUUUUUAAAUCCCAUUUGCACCGUGCUGCUGAUGUACAUACUUUGUAGCUUAACAAAUGAAUCUGUGACUCAAAACAGGCUCCCAAGAAUGAAUUAUUCAUUCCUAUUUCAAGAAUGUUUGCUGCGAUUGAAAAUGUCCAGCUGUCACAUUGAAUUACUUUGCAGAAACGCUAAAUUUAGGACCUUAAACAGAAUUCACAGACGAACAGACGUAUUGUUUGUUUUGGUCCUUUCAGAAGUUUUGUUCACAACAAAGAUGAUUGUUUGGGAAUUGGAAUUUUUCCCUCAGUUGACACAAAUAGACAGAUAAAGAUUCAUGAUUCUAAACUGCUUGAUUCCCCCUAAAUCAUUCUUAUAAUUCCAAAAAAACGGUGUGUUUUCCUGCCCUGCCGUCGGGUGCUGACGUAGAGAUCAUGAAGACCUCAGUUUCGAAAGCUGGUGACAGAAAUGAAUGGCCUGUAGUUCAAAGUAAACAGAUUGUGUUCCAUCAGGUUUUCAGUCUUAGUUGGUAGAUCGUGCUCGACUGGAAUAAACGUGUGCCACAAGUGUUGAGAACACACAAACACCUGCCAGCCUACAAUGCUGUACAUUUUUACACUAGAGAUUUUAACCCGAUGAUUGUAUCGAAGUCAUUAAUUAACUUUAUAGUGUUAGUUUUUACAGAUGAUACAUGUAAACAGUAUUUAAAGCAGACAUUUUAAUAGAUUUUGUGCAGCUUAGGAUCAGUCCGUUCAGCCCUUUUCCUAAUCAGAUAGCUGAGACUUGAGAAUGUGUGUAGUUUCAGGUGUUUCAUGACUUUGACUUUCAUGUCUUUCUGUACCAAGUACACGUUCGAUCUAGAGCAGUGUUUGUCGCCGUCACUGAGGUAGAACGACCAGGACGUGAGCAAGCACUACACAAGAUACGAUGCUCGUCCUGGUCGGACAGUAGUAGAAACACUAGUCUAACAGUAUUUCAUUAAUUCAGCUAGUAAGCUUUAUUGAUCAGCCUUUCAUGUGAUAGGAGAGGUUUGAGCUUAGUGUGAAAGGACCACUGUGCUGUUUUUGAAAUGCUGACCCUCAGAACCUUUUUUUUUCUAAACCUUUGCUAUGUUUUAAAAGGUUUCUUCACAGGUUAAAAACAAAAAAAGAGGAAAAUUGCUCAUGUCCAGGCUUUACCGGGCUUAAAAAUGCACGUGCAGGAGCUGGAGAGCACUUAUUUAGAGUUGAUUAAAGGCUGUCAUUACUCAUCAUGUGAGUAGAUCUGAGCAGCACAAAUGUUUUCUAUUAAAGCAAUCAAAUGGCAGUUGGAGAAUUUCAGCCCCGCAGUUUGUUUUUCAAGUUUUACUCGUCACACUUUUUAAACUACCCACGUAUGUCUUCGCAUGUUGAAAAUGUCACGUCAGCCUCCACAGCUUUGUGUUUAGUCGUUUAUACGUACACACAAGAAGUGUCAGAAUGUCAUAGGCUUCUCUUGAGCAUCACAGAGGGUUUGGUGUACUUAGCUCAGUUUUUUAACUUUCAUAACACAUUGUGUCAUGGAGAUUGCAGCCUCUAAAUGUCUGCUCUGUAAUGCUGGAACAACAGACACUCCAAACAUUUCAAUAUUUGUGCAGUUUAAAUUAAAACAAUCACUGCAAAGCUAAAGAUUUUUUGGUUCUGGUUAGUCGAGCCAGUGACUGUAACACUGGUUAAAUAGCGCUCUCUCUUUCAAGGAAGAAAAAAACAUGUCAGAUUUUUAAUGUGUCCAUGUUUAAUAAAACAAAGAAGCUAAAAGAAGUUAGACACCAAAACGUUGAAAUUAUUAGAUGUAGUAUAAGAAUAUGAAAAGGCACCAUCAUCCAACAGUGUCAUAUGUGUGUAUAUAUAUAUAUAUAUAUAUAUGUUGCACACUGUUGGAAACCAAAGUCAGUCGUUCCCUCUGUGUUUUUGCUGUGACGCAGUCUGUUGUAAACACCAUCUGUACGCUGCUCGGUCGCCCUCCUGCAUCACAGCAAGUCAUGUGUUUCUACAUUUCCAGUUAGUACGGACUAAACUGAACCAGGUUAGAAAGUCGAGGACAAAUUAAUCCUUUUAAGCUCCUCAAACAUUUACUUUUGACACACACAGCAACAUGACAACGUCCUUCGUACGAGCUCAGCGUGGCAUUUUCAUCAUGUGGGAUGCUUUUAAACAUUGACGUCAUUUUCUGAAGGAUUUCUUGUUUUUUUUCAAUCUGAGGACUGACGUUGGCAUUACAAAUGUAGCUCUGUGGCUCUUCACAGGAAGACAUCAGUGCCAUACAGUGUUAAAUGUGUCGCGAGCAGGAGAGUCCCUGCUUUCGCUCUGUUAUUGUGUUGCGCUGAUUCCGCCUCCAUUACUGUUCAUGAUGUCUCGUUUUCUCAGCCUCUGUGUCGUGCAAACUUCUAUAAAAAAAAAAAAAAAAAAAGUAUUUAUUCUUCAAAAUGUGUCUGUCGAGACAAAGUACUGUAACAUAGGACAUUUGAUUUUAUGUUCUGGAGCCUAAAAAUCAAGUAUACUUUACAAGUAUGUAUACACCUGCCACUCCAAUGUUUUUGUCAAAGAAAUUAACUAUAUUUUUGUUUCGCAUUUUAAGCCAAAAGAGUCUCGGGAGUUCAGGGUGUUUUAAGUGAAAGAUGCCAAUAAACUAUAUGGAAAUUUA